AUGAGAUAUUAUAGAGAUGAAUAGAAAAGAUUUAUAAAUUAUUUCAUAAAUUAAUCAAUUAUUUUCUUUCAAGAAAAUUCAACAUUGAAUAAUAUUGCAUUACUGAAACAAGUAUUUUAUUGUGAUACAAAUACAACCUGUGCUGCUAUAGCCUAAGAUAUUGCUUAUAUUAUAAAUUCUACUGUAUAAACUUAUUUCGGAAAUACUACAAGUUAAAGCUGUUAAGAUAAAAUACGUCUCAAUGUACCCACAACUCUAGUAAUUAUUUAAUGA